AACUUGCUACGGCCUGCACUUUCUUGUACUUAUUCAAUUUUAUUUUCUCUUCUACCCCAUUACAGUACACCUGGUAAGAAACAAAUGCAUACACUUCUUUUAUUCUUUCCUCACUCGUUUUCAACGAUUCCUUUAAUCGGAUUUUAAUUCAAAGAUUGGAGGUGCGCAACUUCCAAAGCGUGAUCAGAUUCAUCCUUAUAAUUUCACGCGCUAGUCAACAAAUCGAUCUCUAUAAAGCUUCAGAUCAUCUAAUCUUAUGUUGCAGUACUUGUUGAGAUUGUUUAUUUUACAAUAUUUUCCACAAGUUGAGUAACCAGAAAGAUCUUGCCGUGUCAGAGAAAGCACAGAAUCUGAUCGUUUUAUUGUACAGUUUAUUUUCCUUUCUUGCUUUAUAAAAGCUGCAAACCCUUGUUCCAGAAGUUUUUAGCUGCAAACCCUAGUUCAAGAAAUUUUUAGUAUACAGUUUCUUUUCCUUUCUUGCUUUAUAAAAGUUGCAAACCCUUGUUCCAGAAGUUUUUAGCUGCAAACCCUAGUUCCAGAAAUUUUUAUUGUGAAAUCCCUUUUCCUUGCGAAAUAAAAUUCCAAGCACUUAUUUUUUUGUCUCUGGAUCGAUCAUAAUGGGAUUCCCCUGGUUUUUUAAACGGAAAAACGCACAGAUUGAAUCUCCCCGGCGGCAAUCCCAGGGCAUGAACAUUUUCUCCUCCAAAUCUCGGCCGGGAAAAUCUUCGUCGCCUAAGAAAAUGUCAGGGCGUAAAGAAGGGCAAAAUUCGAGCAGGGAUUGUAAUGUGAGGAUUCCUUGUCCGUUGCCCAGCGUCGAAGAGCUUCAGAAUGUGUUCAAUAAAUUUGACGCCAACGGUGACGGCAAAAUAUCUCCGUCGGAGCUUGGCCACGUCAUGCGCUCGCUGGGGCACGAUGCGAUGGAGGAUGAGGUACAGAUGAUGAUGGCAGAGGCUGACUCUGAUGGAGAUGGCUACGUGGACUUGUCCGAAUUUGUUGCACUCAAUACACGUGGCGUGGACAGUGCUGCGAGCCUGCGGGAUCUUAAAGAUGCCUUCAACAUGUUCGACAUCGAUGGCAAUGGAUCCAUCUCUGCCGAUGAACUCCACAGUGUUUUAAGGAGGCUGGGAGAGACUUCCAGUUUGGAUGAGUGUCAUCACAUGAUUCGAGGCGUGGAUGCUGACGGGGACGGCCAGGUCAGCUUCGACGAAUUCCUUACAAUGAUGUCGAGUCCCGUUGCAGUGCAAAACAAUUGACUCUGAUCUGUGUUUGUUGAGAGUUGUUUGAAAUUUACCAGGAGAAAAUAUCAAGCGAAUUGCUAAAUAUCUUUGUUUGUUGUCCAAACGAGAGCAAUUUUAAAAUUGUUCAUCCCUUGUUCGGCAUACAGAGGCCAAGCAAUCAGAGAAAUUAUCCAGCGUAGAAUUCCAACAAGGCUCCAGUAGAGGGGUGAGAAAGAAACCGUACUUGAGGAGCCCAAUUAAGAAGCACCAACCCAUGGUCCCAGGUUCGACUCUCCGAAGUCCUCCGGUUAAAAUCUGAGAAAGUUGUGUUUCCAGAGGAAGAGUUCGCCGAUGUUAAACUAACAAACACAUAAAAUUCCAAAACCCUCCAACCCUUUACAAUGUUGAACAACAACAACAAUAAAUAGAAUUACGGGACUCUAAAAUAUGGAGAGUUUACGUAAUGCCAAGUUUUUCAGCCAUUGUAUCCAUACAAUGAAUUUUAUUUUAGUAUUAUUUGUAUUCAUACAAUGAAUUUUAUUUUAAUAUUAUUUAAACGUAUAAAAUGCACAUUUCAAAUGUAUAAAUAGUUGAAAUUUAUAACUAAUGAAAUAAGAUGUAUAAAU